AUGGGUCUCUCUUUUGGUUUUAGAUUAAACCCUAAACUCAGAUAUACUCUUCCAAUUCACUCUCCUCAUUUCUUCACCAAUUCAUCUUUCUUCCUCUCUUCUUCAUCUUCUGUUGGAGGCAGGGAAACUUUAUUCAACCCUGUGAGGUUAUCUUUGCUUUCAACAAUUUAUGAGGAAGGAGAAACUUUGCACAAGGAUUUUGGAAAGACAUUUGCGUUUUCUUCAUCAGCAUUGGAAGCUCCGGAGAAAGAUUUAUUGCUUGGAGGAGAUGUGAUAACAAAGGUAAGUAAAGGAAGGAGGCCGCUUAGUAGUGUGCAUGAAAUGAUCGAUAACACGAAACUGCCUCAUGGAGAGUCGCGUUUCGGUAUGUUAAUGGAGAAUCUUGAUGUUUUAGAGGAAACUUUUGCUGAUUCUGAAGCAUUGAGGUUGAAGAAGAAUAUUAUAUUGCAAAUAGAAAAGCUUGGAGCUCUUGAGUUGUUCAAUGUUUGUCUAACAACAUCUUUCGGAACUUCACGCGUAUCGAGUUGCACUAACGAAGUUCUUGAACAUGUUGAAGAAAAUAAGAGAAACUCCAAAUUUGAUGACUAUACAGGUAAAGUUAUUGUCCGUUCUAGCAAGAGGAAGGAAAGUAGAACAAGAAGAAAGAGAAUAUCUGUUUCCAUUGCGCCUUCGUCCAAGUCAUUGCCUUUAGAAGAUAAUAAUCAAGAAGAUAUGUUACGUUCUUCGCCGGCUUCGUUUGUAAGAAAAGCAUCAAAUACUAAAAAUAGAAGAGCGGCGAUUGCUCAAAGGGAAAUUGAAAUGUCAAAAGGUGUAAAGGUUUUAGCAGAGUUAGAGAGAAUGAAAACAGCGUUAGAAGAGGAUACAAAGCAAGUGGUAAGCUUGAGUAGCUGGGCGGAAGCAUCCGGAGUCGAGGAGAAGAUGCUAAAACAGAAACUGUAUCAUGGCUAUUAUUGUAGAGACGAGUUGAUACGGAGUACUCGUUCGUUAGUUCUAUACUUCGCCAAAAAAUACAAGGGUAUGGGAAUAGCUAUGGAAGAUUUACUUCAGGUAGGGUAUAUGGGUGUUCUCCAAGGAGCCGAGCGAUUCGACAGUACAAGAGGAUACCGAUUCUCAACCUAUGUGCAAUACUGGAUAAGGAAAUCAAUGUCAAUAAUAGUGGCAAAAUAUGCUCGAGGAGUCAUCGUUCCUUGGUCAAUGAACAAGGCAAUAAGUCAGAUCCAAAGAGCACGAAAAGUCUUGAAAAACACGUCCAUGAAAUACGCAGACGAUCACGAGAUUGCAAAUAUGACAGGUCUUUCUCUGGAUAAAAUCAGAGCAGCUAGCCAUUGUCUGAGAAUAGUUUCUUCAAUGAAUCGGAAUUACAAUAUAGAUUAUUUGGGUGAAAUGGCCGAUAAGUCGAUAGAGAGUCCUGAAGAGACCGUCAUGAAACAACACAUAAGAAAAGACAUCUACGAUAUCCUUCAAAGCUUGGACUCGAGGGAAAGACAAAUAGUAAUCCUACGAUUCGGCCUUAAAGAUCACCAACCUAGGUCUCUUGAGUAUAUAGGAAAGAUUUUCAAAGUUAGCAAAGAGUGGAUAAGGAAAAUAGAGCAAAAAGCUCUCACAAAACUAAGGAAUGAAACAAACAUGUCAAAGUUGAAUUACUAUAUGGAUCUGCAGUAG